GCCCCUGAGUCGUGCAGCUUUACAGCAGGAUCGAACCUCAGAGUGACGGACGCUGAACUCCAGGUUCCCCCACAGCCUCCCCUCUCCCUUUUGUGGCACGCGCUCACACCUGCGCCCGCGCGGCCCAAGCCCCCUCGCGCAGAGAGCCACCGUGGACGCGCGGACAGGUGAGUGCGCGUGUCCGCUGCUUCCCGCCGCAGCGCCGCGCGGAUCUCCGCGGCGUGACGCUCAGCCGCCGACCGAGGAUUGCACGCGGCGCCGCUCCGGGAUCCGGGAUCCGCAGCAGACACACAGAAUCGCCGAGGCCCCCCCAGCAGGACAGGAGUCAGGACAUUCUUUGAAACCCCCUCCAGCUGAACCUUGCCCCCUCCCCUGUGGAUCCUCCGUCUCCAAUCGCAUCACUGCAGAUUUUCUGCAUUCUGGGAAAAGCUCCGCCCCCUUCCCCCACAGAGCACAGCCCCCCGGCCAAAAAUGCCCAACAGCAGCGGCGGCCUCCUUGGCGUGUGGGAGGCGGCUGACUGGGCAGACACGUCUCAGUGCCCCCCCUCGGUGGGUGGGGCCACGUUCCUGAUCGUGGCGUACAGCGCCGUCAUAGCCGUGGGGCUGCUGGGGAACGCGGGCCUGGUGUUCAUCAUCGCCCGUCAGCAGGAGCUGCGCAACGUGACCAACAUCCUGAUCGCCAACCUGUCGUGCUCGGACAUCCUGAUGUGCGUGGUGUGUCUGCCGGUGACCGUCAUCUACACCCUGAUGGACCGCUGGGUGCUGGGGGAGGCGCUGUGUAAGGUGACCCCCUUUGUUCAGUGCAUGUCGGUGACGGUGUCCAUCUUCUCCCUGGUGCUCAUCGCUCUGGAGCGCCACCAGCUGAUCCUGCAUCCCACCGGCUGGUCCCCCGCCACCGGACACUCCUACCUGGCCGUGGCGCUCACCUGGCUGGUGGCCUGCUUCAUCUCCCUGCCCUUCCUGUCCUUCAACAUCCUGACCAACGACCCCUUCCAGAACAUCAGCCUGCCCGCCAACCCGUUCAGGGACCACCUGAUCUGCAUGGAGCUGUGGCCGUCGGACAGACACCGGCUGGCCUACACCACCUCCCUGCUGAUCUUCCAGUACUGCCUGCCGCUGCUGCUGGUCCUCCUCUGCUACCUGCGGAUCUUCCUGCGGCUGAGACGGCGCAGGGACAUGCUGGAGCGCAGCCGGAGGACGCGGGGGGCCCAGAGGAUCAACGCCAUGCUGCUCGCCAUCGUGGUCGCCUUCGCCCUGUGCUGGCUCCCCCUCAACGUCUUCAACACUCUGUUUGACUGGCACCACCAGGCUCUGCCCGACUGCCAGCACGACGCCGUCUUCUCCGCCUGCCACCUCACGGCGAUGGCGUCCACCUGCAUCAACCCCGUCGUCUACGGCUUCCUCAACAGCAACUUCCAGCGCGAGCUGAGGAUCACGCUGCAGCGCUGCCAGUGCGGCACGCGGCCGGGGGAGAGCUACGAGAGCUUCCCGCUGUCCACCGUGGGCAGCGAGGGCGUGACCAAAGCCAUGUCGCUCAACAGGAUGGGGUCCGUCUGUGUCCCCUCCCCCCGGACGGAGACCAGCUCCUCCAAACUCACCAAAGCUCUACCAGCCAACGUCUGAAGGCGGAGCUUCUGUCUGAGAGCUUCAGGGUCCUCUGAUGAAUCGUCCUGCAGGAAAAGGGAGUCAAUGGAUGAACUUCCUGUCCUGGAGGUCACCAGAGGGGAGGUUCAGGAAGUGAAGGAGGACGUCCCAGCUGCAGCUGCUCUCCUACAGCCUCUGAGUUCUGUUGGAGGCUGUUCCUCCUCCUCCUCAUGACCUUCACGUGGGGCAGUUGGGUCUUUGUCCUCAUCCAUGACCGCGGUUCUGCCCCUCACAUCUCCUCAAUGCAGGAUGGAGGAAUGAAGAAGGGGCUGAUGGGAGUUCAGAUCCUCAGAACUGGGAAUUUAUGUAAAGGAUUCAAGACGAAGAAGUUUGGCGACUCCAAAAGCAAGAAAAGGAAGGAACGGGUCUGUGGAGAGCAGCGGUUCUGCUGCGAUCUGACUCACCAGCCGGAACAUUUCAUGUUAGCUGUUGAUGGGUUCUAGACGGUUCUAAAGGGGGUUCAGGCCUGCAUGACUGGACUGUUCCAUUCACAGAAACGCAGUUCUGUUCAGUUCUGAACUUUAACUCCAUGAAUCCUUUGAUCUAAAUCAGAUCAAUCACUGAAAACAUUCAGUGUGUAGAACUAGAUUUUAAUAAAUGAAUUAUUAUUAUUGAAAUGCAACAUUACAUUUAUCAAAUCUAUAGACGAGUGUGUUUGAGUCCAGAUUUUCUUUUCUUAUUGCAUAAAUCUCACAUUUUUAAGUAAUUAGUUAUGUAAAAACUGUCCAAACAAAAGUGACUGUAGAUAAAUUCAUUUACAUGUAUUCUAAUCAUUUAUUUGACAUGUGAAUUAAAGUUCAUGUGGAGUUUAUCCAUCAUGGAUGUGGGCCCAGAAUAAAGCCCUUUUGUGUUCUGGGAGCCUUCAUGUUAAUUGAUUUAAUGGGGGAGGGGGGGGCGACACGUUUGAAUUAUUUCAUAUCAAGGUUUACGUCCUUCAGAUGUUCCUAUAGAAACUUCAUAAACUCCUCUGUCGAUUAUCUUUUUCAAUGUUUUACUGUAUUGACUGUGAAUCAGAAAUGAAUGAAGUUAUGAUGCCAAAGAAGCCCAAGUGUCUCAUCAUGCAGUACCACGAAUCACCACUAGGCUUCAUAAGCAAAGGUUUGGCUCCCACUAAAGCGUUCAUGUUCUACAGGGUUGACCUCUGGUCCUCUCUGUUCUCUUGCAGGUGAACUCUGGUGCGGUUCACUUCAGUGAGACAGACUUUUUUCCGUUCUGGUCAAACCUCAUUUUGUUCAAUAGCGCCCCCGAAGGAGCAGGUGUUGGAACUGCGGGACUUUUUUUUUCUCGAGCCGUUUGGUCUUCUUGGGUCUUUGGUUUUAGUCAUGCCGCAAGUGAAACUGAACCCAGGUGAUGGGUGUGUGUGUGUGUGGGGGGGGGGGGGUUACACAGCAAAAACACCCCCCCUAAAAAAGAGGGGGGGCUCUUAACAUUAAAAUUUUUAUUUAAAUACCUUUUUAAAAAAAUCUGGGUACGAAAAAUGGUCUGUCCAUGAAUUCUUGCUUUGAUAAAAGAAAUGUAAGGAUGUUUUCUCAAACUGAGAACAUUUUGCUGCUGGAAACAUUUCCUGAUCCGAUUAUUUUUCUUGCGAGACAGAAAAUAAAACAGUUUUUGUUGAAACAAGGAGCUUUAACUUUCUGAAGAUUGAGUUUCUGCAGUGUGGUCAGAAGAAAACCCACAAUCCUUUGGUGUUCUAAGGAUUUUUGCUGUAGCUGGAGCGUGUGUAGCAUGCUAACUCUAAGACUGUUGGAGUUCUGGACAUAAAGAAUUUUGUUGCAGCAGCUGUUUGAUCCAAAUGUGGCAACAGUUGCUGAAAAAGAACAAAUGACCGUAACUAAAACUCCUCUUUGUGGAUUUUUCCAUUCAUCAGUUUGUGUUGCACUGAAGUGUAGUUUUGUUUCUGUCGAUCCGCCGAUUAUCUUCUCCCCCGACCAAGAAACCCAUAAUCAUUUUAAAUCUUUGCUAAAGAAACUCGAGAAAGUCCAUUUUCCAUUCGUUUAACCGUUUUAGAGGAAAUCACUAAAAAGAUUCAGAGAAGUUUAUGAUUGUUGGGUUUUUUCUAAGUCACAGACGUUUGAGACGCUCUCAGACAUCAACUGCACUGGAAUAGAAUGAACAAAUGUAAAAAAAACUCUUUUACUGAGGAAAUAGUCGUUUUUUGCCCAAAGACUAAAGGCGUUUGUGUUUGUGUUUGUGUCGCCACGUUUGGCCCAGUGUGGUUUUUUGUGUCAUGUUUUCCUCAUCGAUCAGCUGCUGUGAAAUUUCCUGUAGAUCAGCGGCGGGAAACGUUUUGACUGGUUGGCCACAGAGGGUUCUAGAAAUUGUCCAAAGGGCCGGACCGGAAGCGGAUGCGUGGAGUGUUUUGGUAAUCCUCCUCAUAAGAGAGAAAGAACCUUAAAUCUGGACAGAAAUUUGCUUUAGUUUUGAUUGAAAUUUGAUAUAAAUAUUCAAAAACAGAAUAUUUUGGAGUUUUUAUUUCAAAACUGCGGCUUUGGUUCUCGUUUUAGUGCCAAUGACACCAAAUGGAGUCAUGUUCAUCAGGGACAAACUCAAACUCAGAGAAAUGCUGCGUUCAUGUGGUGCUGGAAUGAUGGGAAAAAUGCCUGUUGGACUUGAAAAACACACUUGAACGUCACAAACACAACAAAUGUUCUCUGAGCCUCGACAAAGGUCUAUGGAGAGACAGCAGAGUUACAGGGAAAAGAAAACUUAUUCCAGUUUGGGGGGCCAGAUUCAAUGGUUUAACGGGCCACAUAUGGCCCCCGGGCCGUAGUUCCCCCCCCUCUGCUGUGGACGUCUGUCAGGUUGACUUUUCACUGGAGUUAUUUUCCUUCUUGGGCUCUGAUUCCAAAAGAUUUGAUCCUCCUGGAUCUGGUGUGGAUCUCCUGUAGACGUUUCCUCUGUUCUCCAUGACCCGUGUUCGUUUGCUCAUGUUCUCCAUGACCCGUGUUCGUUUCCUCUGUUCUCCAUGACCCGUGUUCGUUUGCUCAUGUUCUCCAUGACCCGUGUUCGUUUCCUCUGUUCUCCAUGACCCGUGUUCGUUUGCUCAUGUUCUCCAUGACCCGUGUUCGUUUGCUCAUGUUCUCCAUGACCCGUGUUCGUUUGCUCAUGUUCUCCAUGACCCGUGUUCGUUUGCUCAUGUUCUCCAUGACCCGUGUUCGUUUGCUCAUGUUCUCCAUGACCCGUGUUCGUUUCCUCUGUUCUCCAUGACCCGUGUUCGUUUGCUCAUGUUCUCCAUGACCCGUGUUCGUUUGCUCAUGUUCUCCAUGACCCGUGUUCGUUUGCUCAUGUUCUCCAUGACCCGUGUUCGUUUGCUCAUGUUCUCCAUGACCCGUGUUCGUUUCCUCUGUUCUCCAUGACCCGUGUUCGUUUGCUCAUGUUCUCCAUGACCCGUGUUCGUUUGCUCAUGUUCUCCAUGACCCGUGUUCGUUUGCUCAUGUUCUCCAUGACCCGUGUUCGUUUGCUCAUGUUCUCCAUGACCCGUGUUCGUUUGCUCAUGUUCUCCAUGACCCGUGUUCGUUUGCUCAUGUUCUCCAUGACCCGUGUUCGUUUGCUCAUGUUCUCCAUGACCCGUGUUCGUUUGCUCAUGUUCUCCAUGACCCGUGUUCGUUUCUCUGUUCUCCAUGACCCGUGUUCGUUUGCUCAUGUUCUCCAUGACCCGUGUUCGUUUGCUCAUGUUCUCCAUGACCCGUGUUCGUUUGCUCAUGUUCUCCAUGACCCGUGUUCGUUUGCUCAUGUUCUCCAUGACCCGUGUUCGUUUGCUCAUGUUCUCCAUGACCCGUGUUCGUUUGCUCAUGUUCUCCAUGACCCGUGUUCGUUUGCUCAUGUUCUCCAUGACCCGUGUUCGUUUGCUCAUGUUCUCCAUGACCCGUGUUCGUUUGCUCAUGUUCUCCAUGACCCGUGUUCGUUUGCUCAUGUUCUCCAUGACCCGUGUUCGUUUCCUCUGUUCUCCAUGACCCGUGUUCGUUUGCUCAUGUUCCAACAACAGUGUGGCUGUUUUCUCUACUUGAUGCUGUAAACGUGUCUGAUGUCAGUGAAGAACGUCUGAAUAAACUUCAGCUGCUUCGUCUCAG